UUGUGCAUCUUGCGCUGGCUAGUGGAGCAUAACGCAAAACUGCUGCUUCCGCACUGCUUCCUUGUUUAUUUAGUUUUUAGAAAAACAGUGCCUUUAAAGUUAAUUUGUUCCUUCUCGGGGAACGGCGGGAACUACUCCACGACAUUUCCGAGUCCACACGGCCACUGGACGUGCUCGCGCACAGACAGACCCCGAUAACGUGUUUCACCACAACCCAGUUUGAGUUCAGGUUUCGGUCUGAAUGGCCACAGCUGCAGAGGAGCCUCCGGAGCUGCAGGGCCUCGCUGGUAACCUGCAGAGUCAGUUCUGGAGGAGACUGUCUUUCCUCAGAGGUAAAAAACGAGAUUCGAAUGGGACCCGAACAAAUGCUCCUCCCGAGAUUCCAAGCACCAGCAUGUCUCCGGCCAUGAAAAAGACUAUCGGCCAUCGUGGAAUUGACCCCACCGGGGAGACGACGUACAAGAAGACAACAUCUUCAGCCCUGCAAGGCGCUAUCCAGUUGGGCAUCGCGCACACGGUGGGCAGCUUAAGCCAGAAACCUGAGAGAGACGUGCUGCUGCAGGACUUUGAAGUAGUCGAGAGCAUCUUCUUUCCCAGUGAGGGCAGUAACCUGACACCAGCCCACCACUACGGAGACUUCAGGUUCAAGACGUACGCCCCGAUGGCCUUUCGGUACUUCAGAGAGAUGUUUGGAAUCCGGCCUGAUGACUACAUGUACUCGCUGUGUAAUUAUCUGCUGAUUGAGCUAUCAAACUCCGGGGCAAGUGGAUCUCUCUUCUACGUCUCCAGUGAUGAUGAGUUCAUCAUUAAGACAGUGCAGCACAAAGAGGCGGAGUUUCUGCAGAAACUGCUCCCAGGAUACUUCAUGAACCUCAACCAGAACAAACGGACCUUGUUACCAAAGUUUUAUGGACUCUACUGUGUCCAGGCGGCGGGUAAGAACAUCCGUAUCGUCGUCAUGAACAAUCUGCUCCCGAGCGCCGUACAAAUGCACCUCAAGUACGAUCUCAAGGGCUCCACCUACAAGCGGCGGGCCUCAGCUAAAGAGAGGGGAAAGUCUGUUCCCGCAUACAAGGACCUGGACUUCUUGCAGGACAUGCAUGAUGGGCUGUUAUUGGAGGGGGACAAGUAUAGUGCUGUUUGCAAGACCAUCCAGAGAGACUGCUUGCUUCUGCAAAGCUUUAAGAUUAUGGACUACAGCCUUCUGGUGGGAAUCCACAAUGUAAACCAAGCCUGUCGAGAGCAGGCCAGCAAAGAGUCGGUGGUCGGGGCUGUGGACCAACGGAGGCCGCAAGGUCAAAAGUCUCUGUACAGCACUGCUAUAGAGGCCAUCCAGGCUGAGGUGGGGAGCAUUGGAUCGCCGGAGACAGAGGACCAAACAGGAGGAAUCCCGGCACGAAACUCAAAAGGCGAGAGGCUGCUGCUGUAUAUCGGUAUCAUCGACAUUCUGCAGUCCUACAGACUAGUAAAGAAGCUUGAGCACUCGUGGAAAGCUCUGGUUCACGACGGGGACACCGUAUCGGUACACAGACCGAGUUUCUACGCAGAACGAUUUCAGAAGUUAAUGUGCAAUGCAGUCUUCAGGAAGAUCUUACUAAAGACUUCGCCGUCUAAGAAGCGGCGUGCAGUAACACAUGGUCCUUUGAGGAAGCCAGCUGGAGCAGGGCCUCUUCUUAUGACCCAAACAAGCGGCAACAGCCAGCACUCUUCCCUCCAACAUCAGAGCAGCUCUGAGACCAAAGAAGAACCUGAAGGGGACCCCGUCAUGCAGUCAGGUCGUCCUGACCUCCUCCCAAAGACUUUACCGCCCAGCAACGCUGUUGGCAACGCUGUUGGCAACACUACUGAAACCACCUUCUCCUCCUCCUCCUCGGGAAACCCUGGAUCUGUUCCCACAAGUCGGCCUCCAUCUCCCUCUCAGGAUGCCUACAAGCCAGCGGGAGUGGAUUUCAACUACACACUAAGCCAAGACCAGGAGCUCAGCUCCCUCAAGAAAGCUCAGUAUGACGAUAGUAUCAGUUCUGAGGAUGUGAUCUCACUCGGUGACAUUGUUUCUAAUGUGUAAAGGAAUGAACGUAUGAACUGAGACAAACUUGGAGGACGUCACGAGCAUGGAUGAAUUGUUACGACUCCCCUUGGUGUGAUUUGAGGUAAAGUUUACAGUGCAUCAGCGAAACCAAGUGGAACAUUAAACGUUGUUUUGCACUAUUCCAAAUCGAUGGUAUGUUAAUGAGUGGCUGUGUUCUGACACUAGUAAUUGCGGGUACAUUUAUGCUGUGGUUAUUGAACACUAUUAUUCAUCUCAUAGGAAUGCUUUGAUGCACAACCAGAUUGUUCUUGGCACCGAUGUGCUAAACUCAGCCAGCAUUUGAUGUUGAGUGUAACACGAGGACUUUGCCUUUUUUGCAACUGUCGGUAUUUAAGCGUUGCUUUUCAAAUAAAUGUUUUCUGUUUUAGAAUGAAUUCCUCAUUCGUGUUUAACCAAAUGCUGUAGCACGUCCUUGUGCAUACUCGUCUCUGUAAGUGUCUGUCCCACCCCCCAAAGGCCCACGCCGAGAGUAUGGUCCCUGCUACCUGAUUGUUGUCUUAACACAAAACCAUAUUAUUCGGGUUGGGAACACAGUUUUAAAUAAAACAUUUUUUUAAAGCAAUUACUGUAUACAUACUGAGUAAGCUGCCGUUUUUUAUAAGCCUGCUCUGAAUGAAGAUCUUGCUGGAGAAAAAGGUGAGCCAUAACUUAUUUAACCAACUAUUCUAAUAAUGGACUGUGAAUCCUAAAUGUCACCAUGUUCGGGUCAAAGGGUUAUAUUGAAAUUAUUUUUUUAUACGUACACUGUACAGUUUAAAAUCGGUUGCAGGUUGAUUGUGAAGACUGAUUUAUGUCUGAAUGUGAGCAAAGAACUGAUACUCAGUGACCUGGGGCUCGUGCAGCAAUACCAGUGAGUUAGUCAAUUUAAGUUGUAUUGCAUAUAAAAGAACCACUUUCACCUGAGCUCAAUAAACAUAAACACAUAACACUUGAACGUUAAGUAUGACAUGAUUACAAUUGUGGUACAAUUACUUUGUUUUUCAUUAUUAAUUCUGACAUUUUAAAUAGUAGAGGUUUGCAGUACAAGCCGGUGUCCCACUGUGGCUGUAAAAUGGAAUAGAAACGGUUCCUAAAAGAGCAUCAAACCGACUGCUUCACAGUAUUCCUAUUGGUUCAGCGCAGCCUCGCAGUAAUGACAUGUUCCAACACUGCAGCCAAGGAGAAGAUAAUGUGAUUUUCUAAGUAGGGAUAUUUGUAUAUAAUCAUAAAUAAUAGCAGAUCAUCUGCAUUGUUAGGUAAGCUAUAUAAAGCAUCUGAAACUGGCCUCCACCUAUAUCCAAUUGCAUAACCAGAACCAGACCUGCCUUCCAGUGCAAAGUGCACCACCUAAAGACUAAAAGUAACAGAAGCAGCAAUUUAGACCUGAAGAUGUCGUGGUUUGCAAGUGAUUGUAAGAAGAUUCUUGUUUGUUUGCUUUUGAAUGAUACUCGUAUGUGUGUGUUUUAAAUUUGUAACUACAUUAAGAGUUUUUCUUGAGUGUUGUCUGUCCUCUGUUCUCCUGAUUAAUAACAAGGAGAAAGAAAAUUAGGGAAGGAUGCAUUGGCCAAAAGAAAUUUAGCAAUAUUUUUUGGUAGGAGUUUUGGGUAAAUAUAUACAACUAUAAACAUACUGCAUUUUUAUUAUAUUUUUGUAUUACACUUCCACUGUUUGCAGUAGUCUACUGCUAAAAGUUAAAUACAAAUGUAUGAAUAUAAUAUAAUAUGCAUUCCUCAAAUUUGAGUACCGGUUAUCUACUUUUUUACCCUGUACUUAUGUCAACCAGAUAUUAUAUAGCUUUUUGUUUUCCUGUUCCUGCUAUUUAUCAAUGGGUUGUGGAUCAUGUAUUUCAUUACAUUCAUUGUUUACAGCAUACAUACUGUAUUCCUGAAUGAAUAGACAGUGGUGCAAUACAUUAAAGCAGCGGUCCCCAACCUUUUUUGAGCCACGGACCGGUUCCGUGUCAGAAAUUAUUUUCACGGACCGGCAAUAUAAAUGACGUAAUAAAUAUGACGUCAUACAAUUAUACGAAGGGCAUAAAGUGCCAAAACUACAACUCAUCAUGACGCCGAAUUAGUGUGAGCCGUGCGCUUGUUUACCUGCAACGAGCCGCUCAUGGAGACGGCGACACAGACGUGUGUUUGGUCCGCUGCUCCUAACCGAGUUCUGGUCGCUGCCAUUAGAACACCGGCAGAGUUGUUGUGUGAAAUGUCCCUUAAGGCCACCGUCAUUUGCAUCGCGAACACAUUUUCUUCUAGCUCGGACGGGCUCGAUUCACCGGAUGGGUUUGUUUACAAAUGGGUUGCAGGUCUAUUCUUUUGCAGUCGGGUCUUUUGUGGUUGGAGUACCGCUCAAACUCUUUUAAAAGCCUCUUCCACCCGGUCAACGUCUGAAACAUGUAGAAUAUUAUGCUGUUCACUCGCCCACACAGCAGCGACUUUAUCGGCCAACUUGAAAACAGUUGUCAUUUCCCUGAAGUGACAGAAUUCAUUGAGCAGGUUGAAUAUGUUUUAAGAUUCUUUGUCUUGGAUCCGGUCCUUUUUCAAAAUAAUAUAUUUUUCCGACUGAUAAAAAAAAAAAAUUACAACUUUUUUUAUUCACUUUUUUUCCGCGGCCCGGUUCCAACCAAGCCGUGGACCGGUAAAGGGGGGUUGGGGACCCCUGCAUUAAAGGACAUGACCAUUUUCCAACGAAUAGAAGAUAAUCAUGCAUCAUUUGGGUACUCAUGGUAUGUGGAGGUCUUUUAUUCUGCUGGCUGUGAUAUAUUAAACUGUCCUGCUCUAUUUUCAACUGAAACUGUCAUAUGGUAUAAACUUAAAAGCAAAAAUGCAGCCUAUGAACCAAACACGUACAUAGUCAUAUGUAUUAUAGUAUUUAUUUCUGUAUGUAUUGUUCUGGUGUCCAAAAUGUGUAUUAAUGGUGAGUUGAUUAAAAAUGUGACUUACUUUAUUUAGCACAACAAGCUUAGACUAUUCUUUAAUUUGAUUUGUAUAUCUAGUUAAUUGGUCUUGAAUUAUAUACAAUAAAUGUGCGCACAACAGUAUGCGAGAAUCACAAAAAUGCCUUUUCAGCAGAAUAUGUAUUUAAAGUUAUCUCUCGGUGAUUUUAUGUUUUUGUACACCUAUACCUGCCGUGAUUAAAUAAAAAAUACAUGUUG